CGUACUUGCUGUCUAUGUCGGUUGGCACACAGCCUUGGAAGGCAAGGCGCCCGUUGCCCUAUCUAAACCAGUUUAUAACAGGUUGGCGGCUGCCGAUAACGCUCAAAUGGGAUGUAUAGUGUUUCUCUUCAAGCCUCCACUCGCGCGUUUGCGCAUGGGCUAGCCUGAACAAUGCACACGUGAUCGAGAAGGGUUCACCGAGGACAAUUUCCUUCACUCAGCGGUACAUGAUGUGGAAGCCCCGUUGCAACUCGAUCGACGGCAUGCUCUUUUCCGCACACUUCUCCGAAGAAAUAGUGCGGUCUGCUCUGUCUUACGAACCCCGUCCGGGCGACAUUUUUCUGGUGAGUUACCCCAAAUGUGGGACGACAUGGAUGCAGCACAUUCUUUACGGCAUCUUUAACGAUGGCAAAGCCCCCUCUAGUUACUCGGAAGUGUCAGCCAAAAUGCCCUUCCUGGAGAGUCAAGGAGCGGAGGUUGUGGCUAACCUCUCCGCUCCUCGAGUCAUCAAGACGCACCUACCGUUUGGGAAGCAACCUUACUCUGCGAAGGCAAAGUAUGUGUACAUAACGCGGAAUCCGUACGACUGUUGCGUGUCUUAUUAUUAUCACAUAAAGCACAUGCCCGUUUAUGCUUUCGGCGACGGAGCGUUCGACGUGUUCUUCGACGUGUUUGUGCAGGGACGCAUCGGCUUCGGCGAUUACUUCGAUCACCUGCUGCCCUGGUACGCACAUAGGGACGACCCUAAUGUUUUCUUUCUAACGUACGAAGAUUUGAAAGAAAAUACGGCGUUAUGGAUACGGAAAGUGGCAGACUUUCUGGGGUCCGGCUACGGCGACAUCCUCCGGGAGAAUCCUGCUGUCGUCGAGAGUAUCGUCGAAGCGACGACUGUUGCCAACAUGAAGAAGCUGGUGAACCCAUACAUGAAAAACAUCGGAGAAAUAUUUAGGUCGACGCCAUUCGACGAGUUACCGCGAUGGGCCAGGCUCAAGUUGGAGUGCGGGGGUGAGAGGAUGAAGGAACCCAUGACGGGCGAUUUCAUUCGAAAAGGCGAAGUGGGAGACUGGAAGAAUCACUUCUCGGCGGAGCAAGUUAAAAGGAUGAAAGAGAGGAUUGCGUUCAAAACUGGAGGUAGUGACGUCAUGACACUUUGGAGCAAACUUGACCUGUGACAUGCGGUUGUUGUAUCUUUCAGCAGGGCGCUACGCGAUGACCUCAAAGAAGCUUUCACUGUCGAACGAUAAUUACACUGUCGAUACCACGUUCACGACCGGUGCUCAUUGAGACGCGCAAUGAGACCCCUUUCGUAGUGUUGCAACACCCUAGCGGCCCGUGAGCGAACUGUUUUUGUCGCCCAUCAAAACCUACCCAAACAUAAAGUAUCCAACCACGAAGCUGCGCAGGACUGGUUGCACUGAACCUCCCUGGCCUCCGUCGUGCUGGGAUAUAUGUAUUUUGCGUUAAUUGACUGCGGAAAGGCGCCACCUAUUGAUUACGCACAAAAUGUUCUUCGGCGCCUCUAAGGUCGAAGGUGCUGUUCACGUGGGCAUCAGCAAUUCAGAAAAAGGUUCACUGGGGAUAAAGUUGAGUAAGCGAGAGUGCAAAGCUUAGGAAAGAAAGGUGCAUGAAUAUUAUUAGGAAAUGCCGUUAUAUUUGUGUAAUUUCAACACACAUCGGCGCUCGGAUAGGUCCAAAGAAGCGGCAUGUAUAGCAAUGAGGACCAAUCGAAAUGCGUGUAAACUCUCAGUACCGUCAUUUAUGUGUAAGUCAGCUGUCUAAAAACGAUUCAGACAAUAAUCGUUUAUGCAUGUUCACUUGGUCCGCGUUAGCUGUGCUGUAUAGGAAUAAAUAAAUAACACAGGGCUACAAGCUGUAUUACAGUUACAGCUCCUACACCAGAUUUAGGCGCCAGGCUGUCGCCAUGAAACUGUUUAGUGCAGUGUGCCUACGUGCUUAUGCAUGCAUGUUUGCGUCAUAUAUGCGUAUGUGAAAUCUCACUCAUUCCCGCCAAAAGAUGGUCGACAGCAUUGGCUAAAUAACUGUAGCGAACUAGGACUAUAGGUCAGGCGGUAGAAGAAGAAAAGGAGGAGGAGGUCUGGUGCAGGUUACUGGGGCUCUCGAAACCCGUGUUGACGUUACAAUAAAUAGCAUAAAUAAUGUUAGAAACAAUAAA